UGGGUUAGUGCCGCUGUGGCUUGUUUCCUAUUAAACUGUAUGAUGUCCUGAAGGCUGAUCUCAUAUAUGAGCUUAUAAAUAAUUUAUUAUAAAAACAUUUAUUAGUUAUUAUCCACGUGAGGUUUUCCGUGACUUAUUAGAUGAAGUCAUUGCCUUUUCUUUCACUUCGUGGGUCACAGGACCAACAGGCUGGAUCAGGGGGACUUUCAUCCAACUACCUUGGAGAGAACAUGGAGAACAAACUUCUGGCCCAGGCCUCUGUUCUGCCUCAGGCCCUCUCUGUGCCCUUAUCCUGGGCAUCCCAGACCUCCAGGCUAACAUCUACCACAUCCACCCUCCUCUCCACGCCCUCCCUCACUUCUCCCUCCCUCACUUCUCCCUUUCUCACCUCCUCUCUCCUCACAUCCACCCUACUGAACUCUCCACUCGUUAGCACAGAAAACAAGCUCCUAAAGAGGGAUUCACUCCUUUCCUCUGGUUCCUCCUCUUUCCCCUCUCCCUCCUCCCGUGGCCAUGUGUUCCCUUCAGCCCUGGCACCCUCCUGUAAUGUUGUGCCUCCUACCUGCCUUCCUCCUCCUGUUCUGGAGGUAGAAGAUGGGCAGUCUGCCUCUGAGGAGGUGAUGUCUGACUCAGAAGAGAUGAGUGUGGACUCUUACCGAGGCGGCCUCAUGGCUGGGGAGACAGAGGUGUCCACAGAGAUGCCUGUCCUGGAAUUGGUAUUGGAUGAGGAGGAGUUGGACCCAACCAUAGCAAUUGGGAAACAGGAGUUUGGUGAGAGAGAGAGGGGAAAAGAUGAACUGGAAGAAGAACUGAAAGACAAAAAGUACCUGCUGCUUAAUGAGGUGUGCUGUUCUUUGGUGAAUAAAACCACUGCUCCUGGCCAGAAGGAUUGGGAUGCAGAGGACAGUAUCUGGAAAAGGAUACAGAACUUGGCCAUAGAUAUCUCUACUGACGAUCCCCAAUUUCUUCUCAAGGUUGCAGUGUACACCAGACAGGAAUUAAACAUCCGUAUCACAGCUAAUUUCCUACUAGCUCUUGCUGCCCAUCUACCCACCACCAAGCCACAUGUGCGUAGGUACUUCUGUUCAGCCGUCCAGCUGCCAUCAGACUGGCUGGAAGUAGUGAGGCUCUACAGCAUGUGUUUCAGCCGUUCUUUGCCAAUCUGCCUGAAGAAAGCCCUUGGAGACAAGUUCAAGCAGUUCAAUGAGUAUCAGUUGGCCAAAUACAACACACGCAAACAUUGCUGCAAACACAAUCGCUCUAAACAAAAAAGCAAGAAACCAUUCCCAAACCAGUUUGAAAAGUGGGGAAAUAUGCUGGGAUGUGAUGCCCACGUUCUACAGAAAUUUUUGAAGAUGGAGGAGAACACAGUGGUAGAUAAGAAGCAAAGUGACUUCAGUCUGAAGAAGAUGAUCAAGAGGCUUCACAUCAAAGAGCCUGCCCAGCAUGUCAUGGCCAUUCUGGGAAAGAGGUACCCUAGUGAUCUUAAGGCAUUCUCCCGCAGUGGGCUCAGUGGAGUGUGGGACAGCAAGAGGGCUGGACAGCGCAUGAAGCUUAAACAGCCGGAUACAUGGGAACGCAUGCUCAGCAAAGAGGGCAACAAAGCCUCCACAUGGGAAAAGCUGAUUGACAGUAACUCACUGCCCUUCAUGGCCAUGCUAAGAAACCUGAGGAACAUGAUAACUCAGGGCAUUAGUGACAAGCAUCAUCAGACGAUUCUGGGAAGACUGACUUCCCAAAAAGCAGUGAUUCAGAGCAGACAGUUCCCAUUUCGCUUCCUCACCGCCUAUAAGGUCAUAAUGGAGCUCAACAAGAUCGCCAGUGCACCAGUGAAAACCGCCCAGAGCAAUAGGGAGAUCUUGAAGGGCAUUCUGAAGAAGCUGCCUAAGGGCAAGAACUUCAUUAAACUGGACUGGGAGACGGCUGGGCGCAAGAGGAUGAGGGUGGCAUUAGGUGUGCCCUUUGUCUCCCAUAUGUACCACAUGAAGAAAAGUCUUCUGCAGAAAGCCAGUCAGAGAAAAUAUUCGCAGGCCCUUCUGGCGCGGUACCGCAAGGCUCUGGAGACAGCAGUGCAGAUCUCAUGCCGUUACAACGUGCCUCCCCUCCCUGGCCGCACCAUGAUCUUCAUCAACCGUUACUUUAGUGACGAGUGCUGGGGUGUCCCCCAUGACUUCUGCUGCCCAUCUGACCCAGAGCCCAGAGAAGGAGAAGAAGUUGAGGAGAAAGUUACGCCCACUUUGCUGGAGGUGGCGCUGUUGCUGUCAAUGAUCAUUGCCCACAACGCUGAGGAUCCGCAGCUGGUAAUGUUCACCUGCUCUGAUUGUUCAACCGUCGAAAGUCUCAAGUCAGACGUGCUGUUGGAAAAUGUCAGCCAAGUCAUGAAGCAGGUGAACGAGUCUUCGGAUGAUGAAGAUGAUUGCCAGGAAGAAAAAAUCUCCAUCUACAUUAACAGAGAGAUGACACUGAAAAAGAAGGUGGACACUAUAAUUAUGCUCUCUGAUAAUGAAUUAGACGAUGGCGUGAACAUAGGGAUUGACCAGUACAGGAAGAACGUGAACAACAAUGCCCUCAUUAUUAAAAUCUACUUAGGUAAAAGGCCUAUCGAUAUAACCAACGACAGGAACUGUGUUAAACUGAAAGGCUUUAGCGAACAGAUCCUCAGGUUUGUGGCUGAGAGAGGCUCGUCCAGACUGUUGGAGCAUGUGGACAACAUGGACAAGCUGUAUCGCAUACCCCCGCCACAGGGGGGUGCUGAAGACACUAAAAGAGAUGCCAUCACCCCACUUCCUGCCACUCCCAGCCUGAGGUGGCGCGGUGUGCGUGUGUUUGUCUCCUCCACGUUCAGAGACAUGCAAGCUGAGCGGGAUGUUCUGGUGCGCAGCGUGUUUCCUGAGCUCCGGCGCCGUGCCGCGCAACACUGUCUCUACCUUCAGGAGGUGGAACUCCGCUGGGGUGUGACCGAGGAGGAGACGGGGCGAAUAGUGGAGCUCUGCCUGUCCGAGGUGUGCCGCAGUCAGUUACUGAUAGGCAUUCUGGGAGAGCGAUAUGGACUGGUGCCUCCCCGUCCAUCCUUCCCGGACCUGCCACAGUACAGCUGGCUGGAUUCUGCUCCAUCUGGGUUGUCCAUUACAGAGAUGGAGAUUCGACAGUUUCAAGCCCUUCAUCCAGACACGGUGCAGAAACACAUGUUUUGUUACUUCAGGACACCCCACCUUUCCAGAACUGUUCCUGUAGCGUGGAGGGCAGACUUUGCUCCUGAGUCCAAGGAGGCUGAAACCAAAAUGUCUGACCUGAAAAGGAGUAUCCUGAAUAGUGGAGCAAAAGUAACUGAGAGUUACCCCUGUCAGUGGGGUGGUAUUGUUGAUGGGAAGCCCUAUAUGAAAGGACUGGAAGACUUUGGAAAGGCAGUGCUGCAGGACCUUUGGGGGGCACUGUUGAAGCACUUUGUGGAGGAAACACACAAGCAUGAUCCCAGGCCAGGUCUGUCAGAGCAGGAAGUUCACCAGGGCGCCUUGCAGCGACAGUUCUUUGGACGUGCCAAGCUGCUGUCUGCUGCCGUGGAGCAGGUGCAGGAGGCUCAGCUUAAAGGAGGAAUGGUGCUGCUAGAGGGAGCUCCAGGAGAGGGCAAAACGGUCUUCAUGGCUGCUUUGGCAAAGGCCCUUAGCACUCCUACCAAGUCCCAGAAAGUCCAUAGAGGGGAUGUCAUCUCCUACUCUACUGCUGCUAGCAAAUCGGCAUGCACUGUGGAGAACCUUCUACACUGCCUUGUGCAGUGGUUAUGGAGAGGCAAGGAAAAAGAGGGCUCUCUACUUCCUUCCUCUUAUAAAGAUCUGCUGUCAGAAUUCCACUUCCAGUUGUGUGAGGCCAGAAAGGACCAACCUCUGGCCUUGCUAGUUGAUGGGGCAGAGCUUGUGCAGGAUGGUAGGGGAAAGCUGAUCUCUGAUUGGAUACCCCAGCAGCUUCCUCAGGGUGUGUCUUUGGUGCUCAGUGUCACCUCAAAUUCAGCCCUUCUGCGAGUCCUCGCCAAGAAGAAAAGAACUAUUUUGUUUCCUUUAGGACAACUGUCUUUGCCCGACAGAAAGGAGAUCGUUCAGAGGGGACUUGGAGUUCAUGGGAAGAAGCUUAGUGACUCUGCCUUUAAUAAUCAGCUUCAGACCCUUCUGAUGAAGAAGGGAGCAGUGAGUCCACUCUAUCUGCACCUGGCCUGUGAGGAACUCCGGGCCUUUGCUUCCUUUGAGAAGAUGAGUGACAGUCUGCAGGCUCUUCCCCCGUCCCUGAGUGGUCUGGUGCAGCACAGCCUGGGCCGACUGCUGUCCCAGUACAGAGACAUAGGACUGGGCUGGGCGCUGGCCGCCUUGGCUGUCAGCCGGACGGGCCUGAAGGAGAGAGAUCUGUAUGCCAUCCUGAAUAUAUGCCAUGACCUGACUUCUGGAGGAGAGAAGGCAACACUGCAGGAUAUGCUGCACUUAGCCAGGAAGCCCAAAAGGCGCGUCCCAAUGGCAACCUUCUCCCACAUGGUUCGGAGUCUACACAGCCUGAUUGAUCCGUCCCACUGUCACGGCCCUGACGACCCCCUGGCCCUGACCAAUCCAGAGGUCAGACUGGCCUUUAAAAAAGAGCUUCUCCUCCCAGGGGAGUCUGACUGGACCAAAGGUCAUCUCUUGAUGGCAGCCCAUCUUUGGGAGAUGGCUGAUCCUCAGGGAACAGACACAUUUCUCCACUGUGAGGCCAGCUCCAUCUUGAAUCUGCCUUUCCACCUGAUGAGAGGAGGCCAGUGGGAGGCUCUACACUGCCUGCUUUCCAGUUAUCAUUUCCUUUUUGCUGAAGUGCGCAAUGGCCUCCUACACCACCUCCUGGAAACCUACAGCUUGUUUUUGUCAGAAGGUGUUGGCUCAUCCACCUCUUCAGAUCCUGUGUCAGAGGAAGCCCCGAGUCGUCUGCAAGACUGUCUGAGGUUCCUGCAGCGCCACGCCCCUCUCCUGUCGUCUUGGCCAACCUUGUUCCUGCAGCAAGCUCUCAACGAGCCCCACCACACCGCUGCCCACGCAUGGGCGCAAGGCAUGAUGGGGAAAGAAGGAAAAGGGGUACAUGUGAUGAGGUGGCUGAACAAUGAACAAGAUGCCCAACUGGAGACCAGUGAGCUGGUCUCCACCUUCCUUUCGGAGCCCACCUGUGCGGUUGUGAGUCCUGGGGGUGGGGUCAUGGCAGUUGGAACCGGACAGGGUACCCUCCACCUCAUCCACACAGAGACUGGCCAGGAAGUGAGGUCACUGGUGAGCAGCUGUGACGGCAUCUCUGGAUGUGUUUUCCUCAGAGAGGGACUUAUGGGAACUACUUCUUUUGAUGGACGCAUUGAGUUGUGGGAUGUUGAGAGUGGCUGCAGGACUUCCCUCAUUGAUGGGCACUCAAACCGAAUAACAGGAAGUGAUGUCAGUGCAGACAGGAAGCACCUUGCAACUGUGUCCUUGGACUCCAGCCUUAAAGUGUGGUCUUCUCCAAAGGGCAGUCUGGUCACAGCCCUCACCAGCCCAAGCCCACUGAACUGUGUGCAGUUUGACCCUGAAGGUCAUCAUGUUGCCGCCGGGGGUUGGGAUGGGGUUGUGCGCCUGUGGAACUGGCUGAAGGGCCACGUCACGACUCUCUCGGGUCACCGGAGGGCCGUCCGCAGUCUGUCCUUCUCUCCCUCUUCCCAUAUGCUGUGCUCUGGCUGUCUGUCCGGAGAGGUGAGGCUGUGGUCAGUUCCGUCCGCCACCUGCGUGGGGCACUACCAGGCUCACCGUGGUUCCACAGAGGUGCUCACCUUCCUGCAAGCUGGGACCAUACUCCUCAGUGCUAGCUCUGACUACACGGUCAAGUUGUGGUCUGGCGGUCUGGGUCGUGCUGUGAAUGUAUUUGAAAAGAAAAGGGAGUCUGUUGUUCAGAGGGGCAGGAUGCUGCCAACCAAGGAGCCAGCAGCUUUAUGUGUUGCUGUUACUGGUGGCUAUGCUGCAGUGGGUUACCAUGGUGAUGGGCUGAAGCUCUUCAGUCUUGAAUCGGGUGAGAGGACGUGGGAGAGCCAGGACCUGCAGGUGUCCAUCCUGUGCCUGAUGUGGCUCUCAGCAGAAGAACCCAAACUGCUAGUGUCUGGGGGGGGUGACCAACAACUCAGGGUUUGGAAGAAAACGGAAGGGGGAGAGGCAGGCAUGAUGCUUCAGGGAUGUUUUGGGGUGCAACAAGGCCCCAUCCUAUCGCUGGCACAGAACCACUCUUAUCUGGCCUCAGCUUCAGAUGACUGCUCCAUUGGUCUGUGGUCUGUGAAGGAUUUGACCUCUGACCCCUGGGUUAACCCAUGUGUAAGAUCUGUCUUGAGAGGUCAUAAUGGAGGAGUCACCUGCCUGGCCUUCAGUACAGAUGGAAAGGAGUUACUUUCUGGGGGAAAAGACCAGGCUCUGAUGGUGUGGAAGGUCAGUUCCUCCCCUCCUGCUCUGGUCCAGUCUCUACCACACUGUCAUGGAGACUGGAUAACUGGCUGUGCCUGGGGCUCCGACUGUGUGAUGAGCUGUUCCAGUGAUUGCAAGAUCCGUUUGUGGGACCUAAAGAAGGGUCACCUUGUGAGAGAGAUCCUGGGUAGAUCCUCCCUCAGUGCAAUCUGCUGCCUGGGGGAGUUUGUGAUCGCAGGCUGUGCCGAGGGGGACCUGCAUGUUUGGAAAUGGGAUUCGGGCAUGGAAAUUAGCAGGAUUUCAGCUCACAAGUCACGCAUUCACCACUGCUCUGUUCUCCCUGACUCGGAUGAGACCCAGAAGACUGAGCAGAAGGACAUGGUGGUUGCCACAGCGUCUGAUGAUGGGACUGUAAAGCUGUGGCAGCCCUUCCAGGUUCAGCAUCACAGCACCUUGCAAGGCCACAGUGGAGGGAUACAUGGAGUAGUGGCAAAGCAGAAUGGUGUCCCAGCAUUCCUCACUGUCUCUGAAGAUCGCUCCCUGAGGACCUGGAGUGUUUCUACGGCAAUGGAAUGUCCUCCCAACCUGAGGGGCGCUGUCACUGCUGUGUGCAUCUCCCAGAGCGGUGAUCUGCUGCUGUCUGGCUAUGAGUCCGGCAGGGUGGAGAUAUGGAAGCACACCUCUGUAGUUGGCUCCAAACAGGUGUCUGCUAGUGGUGUUACAGCCAUCUGCUUCAUGCCCGAAGGACAGUUUGCUGUGGGGUGCCGGGAGAGCUCUGUCUCCGUGUGGAAGCUGGAGUGGAAUCCUCAGCACAAUGCUGCGAGUCUUCUGAAGGUGUCCACACACUCUGUGCCUUCCAUUGUUAGCAGCCUGCACUUCUGCACCAUACUGCUGGGAAUCUGUGACAAUGGAGAUAUCGUCAAUGUCCUUGCUGAGACAGCUAACGAAAGAUGGUGUGGUGAAUCACGUUUUCUUGGGUUGGUUGCCAAUGAUGAAAAAAGCACUUGGCUGGUGGGUGAGAAGAACGGAAACAUUCUGCUUUGUUUUGUGUUUGCCAUGGGCCAACAGACUUCCCUGUAUUCUUCAUGUGUCGACAUGGAGCUGGCAUUGGAGACUGGGGGGACAGAUGGAUGGUUAAGUGCUGGGACUGUGAACAGAGAUUUGGUGGUGUGUGGAGACUCCAAAGGGAACAUGUGGUUCAACCAGCCACCAAACGUGAAUUCCUGGAGUCGCAGGAAACCUGCUCACAGUGACAGGAUCAGUGUACUGCGAGUGACUGACGACAAGAUCAUCUCGGCGUCACACGACAGAACCGUCAAAAUGUGGGACAGAGAAACCAAGAAACAGGUGGGGCUGUUUGUGUGUGGGGCUCCAGUUCUGGUGCUGGAGUUAAACCCACACUGCUGUACUGAACUGGUGUGUGGUGAUGCUAUGGGCGAGCUCUACUUACUCUCUUGGAGAGAAUGACCAUCCAGUGUAGGAUACAGUACAGUCACUAUUUAGACUCCUCUAUACCAACAGAGUUAACACUAAGCUAGUUUGUUGUUCCCAGCGUGUAAAACACGUUAUACUUUGUGUCUUCUGUCUUAAUAAAGGCUGUACCACAUACUAAGAAUAGUUUCGGUAUGGAUUGUCAAUGACAGUAGAGGGCAAAUAUUAUUUAUAACACUAUUUAGCUUUAUAGCACUUUGCAUUCCAAAAAUAAUCUCAUAGUGCUUGCAUAGAAAUAUGUAUGAAUACCUUUUUAAAACAUUGUAUCUAGCUAAAUAGGCAGGUCUGGACUACAAAUCUUUUCAAUUAAAGUGGGAAAUCUGAGCUAUUGAAAGUCUUCAACAUAUGAACCAGGACUUACGAUGUUUGAUCAUUUUCUACUAGUACCUGACACCUGUAUUAAAACGGGCAUCAUUUCACUCAUAACACCAUAUGUUAUAAACGGCUGAAGAAAGUGUUUUUGUGUUUCACUCUUCCACGGCGUGCUGUUUAUUAUCAUGCAUUGUAAUUUUUAGCACUUUUUGCAUUUAUAACCACGUGAGCAAUUGCACUGCACUCUUAUAUAUGCAGCUAUAUCUAUAAUCUACAUAUAGUUUUCUGAUCUGAAUUAGUAACAUUUUCUUAAUCAAUAUAUGGUGGGUUGUCUGUGCCAAUUUGAUAAAGUGCUUACAUGCUAAAUUGCAAUGAUUUUAUAUUUUUAAUACUGAAUCAUUGGCAUUUUUAGUAACAAAGUUUUGAGAAAAUAUGUAAUAUGUAAAGUAAAUAUAAAUCUGAUAAGUAUAAUAUAUAGAAUAGAAAAUGUAUUUAAAAAAAGUUUAAACAUAAAAGGUAAAUUGCAGUUGUGUUAAGUUUAAACUCAUAUGUUAAGACUGUAGAAAUGUCCAAGGUUUGUCAGGGAUUUUUAAGCGAAGUGAAUUUUGGUUGUCAUUGCUUAAAAGUACUGGGAUUGAUUCACACUUUGGACACGUUUCUUCAUCACUGCCUAGUGGAGUGAAAUGACACUGAACAUUGCUUUGCUUUCUUUACUCUUGCUUUGCUUUCUUUCUUACCAUUAAAGCAGAGGACCACUGGUAACCACCUUCCA